AGCGUCAAAACCAACCACAUGACUCUCGAAAUGGUUUCUCGACUGGAUGCACUAGUGCAUUAGUAAAGCAUUAUAGAACCCAUUUUUCAUUUUUGGUAAUUAUAGACACUCUCCCUUUUUUUUCCUCCCUUGAAAGACAUCAAUUGUUGGAAGCGAAAAUGAGAAUGAGAUUGACACUAAAGUUGCUGAUUCCGGUUCUACUUGUAUUGCGUUAUUUUGCUGACUCUGCCUCCGUUGUAAAGCUCCUUCCUGGUUUUGAAGGUCCUCUUCCUUUCGAACUUGAAACGGGGUUUGUACAUUGGACUUGGUGAGGAAGAGGAAAUACAAAUGUUCUACUAUUUCAUUAAGUCUGAGAAUAAUCCACGAGAAGACCCUCUUCUUAUUUGGUUAACUGGAGGACCUGGAUGUUCUUCUAUUUUUGGCCUUCUUUUUGAGAACGGGCCUUUAGCUUUGAAGUUCGAGGUUUACAAUGGAAGUAUCCCUUCUUUGGUCUCCACUACAUAUUCAUGGACAAAGAUGGCGAACAUAAUAUUUUUGGAUCAGCCUGUUGGAUCUGGCUUCUCCUAUUCAAGAACUCCGCUUGUUGAUAAAAUUAGUGACACAGGUGAAGUUAAGAGGAUUCAUGAGUUUCUUCAAAAGUGGCUAAGCAAGCAUCCAAAAUUUUAUGCCAACCCAUUUUACGUUGCCGGAGAUUCUUACUCUGGUAUGGUUGUUCCGCCCGUCGUUCAAGAAAUCUCAGAAGGAAAUUAUAUAUGUUGCAAGCCUCUAAUAAACCUACAGGGCUAUAUUCUUGGAAACCCAGUAACAGAUACUAAAUUGGAACACAACUAUCUUAUUCCAUUUGCUUAUGGAAUGGCAUUAAUCUCGGAAGAACUCUAUGAGUCAAUGAAAAGAAUCUGCAAAGGAAGUUAUGGAAAUUUGGACUCACUUAACACGGAAUGCUUGAAACUCACUGAAAUUUACCAAAAGUGUACCGACAGAUUGAAUAAAUACCAUAUAUUACUACCGGAUUGCGAUAAGACAUCUCCUGAUUGCCAUGUAAAAAAAAAGAUAAUUACAAGGUUGCUUUUGCAGCUAUAUAAAUAUUUUCUCCUUGAAAAGUGGGCCAAUAACGAGAGAGUUCACAAAGCUCUUCAUGUUAAUAAGGGGGGUAUAGGGGAAUGGAGGCAAUGUAAUUAUGAUGGUAUUUCGUAUAAAUACGACAUUCAGAGCAGUGUACCAUACCACAAGAAUAACAGCAUUAAUGGUUUCCGAUCUCUUAUCUUCAGUGGUGAUCAUGAUAUGACGGUGCCUUUCCUUGCAACUCAAGCCUGGAUAAGAUCUCUCAAUUACUCCAUCAUUGAUGACUGGAGGCCUUGGAUGAUGAACGAUCAAAUCGCUGGAUACACGAGAACUUAUGCCAAUAAGAUGACAUUUGCUACUGUCAAAGGAGGUGGACACACGGCAGAUUAUAAACCCGAUGAGACAUUUAUCAUGUUCAAAAAGUGGAUCAGUAGCCAGCCUUUGUAAUAGAGUCCUUUAGGUAUUGAAAUGAUUUGUAUAACAUAAGCAGUUUCAUGUUUUGGGACAUAUUUUUUCAAGAGCCAUUUGGUGAUCGAUAAAAAAAAAAGAACCAGUAUUGUGAUCGCUU